GCGCGGCCGCUGAGGGACGUGCCGGUGCCCGCGGCCGCACAGCCCAGGUGGCUAUUUUUAAUGCAAUAGUGUCAAUAGCUGGCUAAAGACUAAACAUGAGAAUAGCAGGUGCUGCAAAGUUGGUAGUAGUCGUAGCAAUAUUUUUAUUGACAUUUUAUGUCAUAUCUCAAGUGUUUGAAAUAAAAAUGGAUGCAAACUUAGGACACAUAUUUGCUAGAUCAGCACUGGAUGCAGCUGCACGCUCUACAAAACCUCCAAGAUACAAAUGUGGGAUCUCUAAAGCUUGUCCUGAAAAGCAUUUUGCAUUCAAAAUGGCAAGUGGAGCAGCAAAUGUAGUUGGACCUAAAAUUUGUGUAGAAGAUAAUGUGUUAAUGAGUGGAGUUAAAAAUAAUGUUGGCAGGGGAAUAAAUGUGGCCUUGGUCAAUGGUAAAACAGGAGAACCAUUAGACACUAAAUUCUUCGACAUGUGGGGAGGAGAUGUGGCACCAUUUAUUGAAUUUCUGAAGUCCAUCCAGGAUGGAACAAUAGUGUUAAUGGGAACAUACGAUGACGGUGCAACAAAGCUUAAUGAGGAGGCACGGAAACUGAUCGCAGAAUUAGGAAGCACAUCUAUCACUAACCUUGGCUUUAGAGACAACUGGGUCUUCUGUGGUGGAAAAGGAAUUAAGACUAAAAGUCCGUUUGAACAGCAUAUAAAGAACAACAAGGACACAAACAAGUAUGAAGGCUGGCCAGAAGUUGUUGAGAUGGAAGGCUGUAUCCCUCAGAAGCAAGACUAAAUGGAAACAAAAGGAAAGGAGAAAGAAUAUGGAAGAAAAUGCACUUUCUGCUAUUAUUAGGGAGAGGGCUAUGAAGGAGACUGUACUGUAAAUGAUAUUUUUAAAGCAUGCAGCCAUCUUGUCGGUGUGUGCAUGGGCACUGACAUUUUGAAUAUUGGGAUUAUUUAUUGCUAACACACUUAGAAAUCCUUUUUGUAAAUACGUUCAAAAUAAACAUCAAAUCAUUUCUGUGCAGGUUUCUUAAAAGCACAGUAUUUAGUUUGCCUGUGGUGAUACCUUGUUGGUCAACGGGCUGAUAAGUUGCAUAUGUGGAUAAUAAACAGAUCCUGACAAUUGUGCUGUCCUCUUAACAGCGUAAUGUUGCUGUGAGUAUGUAACCUUUGUGGAAUAUUGUAGAUUUUAGUGAUAAGUUAAUAAAGAGCUUUAAUUUUUUUUAUCCUCUGCCUUUUUAAUGGCAGCAUCACUUUUUAUUAAAGCUAUUUGGUUAUUCUAAUACCAAGUGCUCCAGAAACUUAUUUUGUAGCCCCACAUCAAAACUGAAUAAUAAACAAAGGAAGAAUACAUGGUAGUGUAACACAGAUAUACCAUGAGAAGCACAAUAUAAAUUAUUUUUAUUAGGGGAGGAACAAAAGUAAGUAUAUAAAUAGUGCUAGUGAUAUUUAAAAGCAGCUUGGAAGGAUUUGUACUUAAUUUGAAGAUAAUGUUUACUUUGCAGAAGAGACUUGGCAUGUUAAGCAGCAAUACUGUAGCUAAUAUUUUCACUUUUUGCUGCAAUUUUUGUACUGUUAUUUAGCCAUCAAUUCUACAUAUGACUGUUCAGCUAUUGUAGCUAGUCACAUAGCAAACAUUUCCUCUUUUAGUUUGAACAUCAGGAAUAAAUUUCCCAUCACAAAAAGCCUGUUAGCAGUUUGCCUUCUAGGCAGAGUUGUUUCAGAGUACGUAGUUGUACACCUUUACUACGUAGGUUACAUCUAAGGUGAGCUGAGGCAAUUUCUUCUUACAGAAGGAGGUUAGAGAAAGCAUUGAAUCUUGGAUUAUGCGUUGUGUGACAUUUCAACUCAACUGACAACGUUUCCUUCAUUAUUUUUUUUGACGGAAGAAAAGCAACGGACCAAGUUGAAGUGGCCUUACUCUUUAGCUCGUAUCAGAGCAUUCAGAAAACAUUGCUUUCUUUGGAAACUUCUGUUUCCUUUAAGUAGGGCCAGCUUAAACUUUUGCUGAAACUGUUAGUAUGGUGUGACUGAAGGUGUUGGUAUUCACAAAAUAGGGGCUGACACAGAAUCGGGGGUAAUCUGGAACUUUAUGUCAUGAGUUCUGGUAUAAUCUUUAAAAACUUACAGGUUGUACUGUGGGGCAAAAACCACAAAGAAUUUUUCAGGAACCUACAGUAUAAGUUGAACGCAGUGGCACUCAAAAUACUGUUAUUGUAAAUGUCUUCUUGAGACCAAUUUAAUUCUUUGCACUAAAAAUUUCAAGCAAUACUGGGAAUUACUUUGCAAGUCAAAUAAAUAAUCUGUGAAACCAGA